AGAAAGAAGAGUUGAAAAUGUUGGGUCGAAAGCAUGGAGAUUUAAAUGAAAUCUCGGUGUUAGCUCUGAUUCAAAUUAUCCCAAUCCAAUUUUCCUGUGCACCACACUUUUCAUUCGUUUCCAUUUAUUUUUGUAUUUAUCAACUAUGGCUUUCAAGUGUGUAUCACAAAAAGUCGCGCAAGCAAUCGACGUUGAGCUCAUGUCCAGUUCGGGAGGGUUUUCCAUUGACCAACUCAUGGAAUUAGCUGGCCUUAGUGUUGCUCAAGCCGUUCAGAAAUCUUUUGAUACAAAGAAGAAUCCUAAUGUUCUUAUCUGUGUAGGACCAGGUAAUAAUGGAGGUGACGGGCUGGUUGCUGCAAGACAUCUGUAUCAUUUUGGAUUUAAGCCUAGUCUUUAUUAUCCAAAGCAACCCGAGAAAGAUCUUUAUCAGCGUCUGGUAGUUCAGUGUAAAAACCUUAAUGUGCCUAUUUAUAAAGAACUAGAACAAGCAGGUGAUAAUCUUGUAGAUAAAUCCGAUAUUAUUUUAGACGCCUUGUUUGGGUUUAGUUUCCAGGGAGAAGUACGCGAUCCUUAUAAGGAGAUCGUUGGUAUCUUUGAAAAGACUAGCAAACCAAUUGUCUCGGUGGAUAUUCCUUCGGGUUGGAACGUAGAAUCUGGUCCUACUGAACAUGUUAAAUUUCAACCCCAAGUUUUGGUUUCCUUGACUGUCCCCAAGCAAUGCGUAUCUCACUUUAAAGGAAAACAUCAUUUUGUGGGCGGUCGUUUUGUGCCUCCGUCAUUGGCUGAAAAGUUUAAGUUUGAUGUUCCUGUCUAUCCCGGUGCCGAUCAAGUUGUUGAAAUGAAUUUGUGAGAAUUUUUAUUUUUGAUAAAUAAAAAAAAAAAUU